AUCAAACCGCGCCAAACAAAGCUCCAUGUGCAGGCGCUGACAACUACGAAGCGCAGAAAGUUUUUGUCUGUCUUUAGUUCGUGAUGGAGAAAGUACAUAAAAAAAAAUAUAUAUAUAUAUUUAUAUAAAUGUGGGGAGGUGACGUUCAACAUAAAGCCGCUUUGUUCGUUUUUGAGCUAAAAUAUUGAAGCUCGUGCGAGGAAAACAAAUUAAGAAGAGAAGAAGAAGAAGAAGAAAGAAAAGAGACGAAGAAGAAGAAGAAAUCCCGGCGUUUAAAAUUUAAAGUCCGGAGGAGAAAGUGUACUUUUUUAAGGAUGCUUCUUUGUGCUUCUGCUGUGUGAAGAACGAAAGAGGAAACGGGAGUGAGGAGGAAGAUGGACGGAGAGCAUCGAGAAAGGAGAGAGGAGGAGGAGGAGGAGGAAGAGGAGGAGAGGAUAGAUGGACUGGAAGAGAGAGAAAGAGGAGAGAAGGACAGAACACUAAAAACUCCAUCCGGGAGGAGAGAAGAAGAAGAGGAGGAGGAGGAGAAGGAGCUAGAAAUGAUGAAGGCAGGCGCCAAAGUACGAAGGAAGCUGAUUGGUGGACACACUCCGAUCUCCACCUCCUCUCCUUUCAUCUCCUCCUCUCUCUGCCGAGGAGGAGGAGGCGGCGAGGAUGGAGAGGAAGACGAGGUCAGAGUCGCCAUAGUCACCAUCGAGGACGAGUCCUGUCCGUCGGAGCCUUUCGGCACCGCCCACCUGGAAACGGCCAAUCAGAUCACACGCGUAGAGGAGGCAGGGGGCAAAAAGGACGAAGGGGAAGGAGCGGAGGAAGAGGAGGCUGAUAGGGAGGAGGCAAACGGUGAUGAAAGAGGGGAGGAAGAGGAAACAGAGGUGACGUCACCGUCGCUUCACCUGCAGAGCCAGAUGAAGAGGAAGCUGGAUCAUGGUCCAGACGGCCGGCCGUUCCCUUCGGGGAAGAAGCACUGCAAAGGCAAUGCAUACCUGAGUCCCGCCAGUCUGGUUCAAGCCACGCCCACCACGUUCGGCGACCUGCGGCUAGCCAAUGGGCAUUCGGCUCAGCGGCGGCGCGUCACCUCGGGCCCGCCCCCAUCUGGCCUGCAGGACUGGCUUCAUACCUUCCAGACGUGGAGCGGUCCUGAGAGGCUAUUGGCUCUGGACGAGUUGAUUGACAGGUGUGAGACCAGCCAGGUGAAGCACAUGAUGCAGGUCAUCGAGCCCCAGUUCCAGAGAGACUUCAUAUCCCUGCUGCCCAAAGAGUUAGCUCUGUACGUGCUGACCUUCCUGGCUCCCAGAGACCUGCUGCAGGCCGCUCAGACCUGCAGGUACUGGAGGAUCCUGGCUGAAGACAACCUGCUGUGGAGGGAGAAGUGCCGCGAGGAAGGCGUGUCAGAGUGUGCGUCGUCUCGUCGCAGGAAGUGCGUGCGGCCGGGCGUGGCGGUCAGUCCGUGGAAAUCGGCCUACAUCAGACAACACCGUAUAGAGAACAACUGGAGGAAGGGGGACACACGAGAACCCAUGGUGUUGAAAGGUCACGACGAUCACGUGAUCACGUGUCUCCAGUUCGGCGGCGACCUGAUUGUCAGCGGCUCCGACGACAACACGCUCAAAGUCUGGUCCGCCAUCACUGGCAAGUGUCUGCGGACGUUGACGGGUCACACCGGCGGCGUGUGGUGCAGUCAGAUGGCGGUCGCCACGGUGAUCAGCGGCUCCACCGACCGGACGCUGCGUGUGUGGGACGCCGAGAGCGGCGAGUGUGUUCACACGCUGUACGGACACACGUCCACCGUGCGCUGCAUGCAUCUCCACGGCAACCGGGUGGUGUCGGGCUCCCGGGACACGACGCUGCGUGUGUGGGACGUGUCGACGGGCCGCUGCGAGCACGUGCUGACGGGCCACGUGGCGGCGGUGCGCUGCGUUCAGUACGACGGCCGCCGCGUGGUGUCGGGCGGCUACGACUGCAUGGUGAAGGUGUGGGACCCCGAGACGGAGGCGUGUCUGCACACGCUGCAGGGACACACCAACAGAGUGUACUCACUGCAGUUUGAUGGCUUUGUGGUGAGCGGCUCGUUGGACACUUCGAUCAGAGUCUGGGACGCAGAGACAGGUGGGUGUGUCCACACGCUGACGGGCCACCAAUCGCUGACCAGCGGCAUGGAGCUGCGUGACAACAUCCUGGUGUCCGGGAACGCCGACUCAACGGUCCGAGUGUGGGACGUCCGGACGGGACAGUGUCUCCACACACUGCAAGGUCCCAACAAGCACCAGUCGGCGGUGACGUGCCUGCAGUUCUGCCGAGGUCUGGUCCUGUCCAGCUCCGACGACGGGACGGUCAAACUGUGGGAUCUGAAGACUGGAGCCUGGCUGAGAGACGUGGUGGCGCUGCAGAGCCGGGGAUCAGGCGGCGUUGUUUGGCGAAUCAGAGCGUCCGACACUCGGCUGGUGUGCGCCACCGGCAGCAGGAACGGGACGGAGGAGACCAAACUGCUGGUGCUGGACUUCGACCUGGACGACAAGAAAGAGACUGACUGAGGAGGAUGAGUGAUGUCAUCAAACGGAGACAAGAGGACAGAAAUGCCGUGAAAGAUGAUUGGGAGACUAUUUUGUAAAGGAAAAGAUGGACUUUUUUGACCAAAGUCAUGGCUGGGUCGAGUUUCUCCAACAGUCAGACACACAGGUAUGAAUGUUACAACACGCCCUGAUUGGCUGGCGGACAAACGGACACAUUGAGAGGACAGCUGGACGGACAGAUGGGCAAAAUAUCCACUUCAAUCUGGAUACCCAGUGUGGAAGAUUCACAAAAUGGCCGAAAUGAAAGAAAAUAGUUUAAGGUUGACAUAAAAUGGCUGCACUGACAUGGACGACGCCAAAUGGACACAGCAAAAUGGCUUCCAAUAUGGCAGCCUCAGCCUGGCGGGAGCUGUGGCGGCAAAUUUUAAUGUUUCUGACGCUUUGAUGGACAGAAUCAUGGAUGUAAAUGGUCGCUAGGACAACGGGCGAAUGUUUUUGAUGGAAAUAAGAUCAAAAAUGUCUCGGAGGAGAAGUUGAAGAGAAAACGAUGGAUUUAAGCGACGAUGGUGUCUGAAUGUAACUGCUGCAGAGGAUCCAACCAAUGGGGAAGAGGAGGGCUUUGGCUUUUAUUGCUGCUGAACCAAUGAGGUCAACGACGCUGUUUUAAACAAACCAAUCCAAAUGUACCAAAUCUUGAAGGCCGGAGACACGCGGGCAACUUUUUGAGGCAACGUAGACGGGCAUAAAUGUGAAUACAGUUAACAGAAUUCAGUCAGUGUUGUUUUCAUACCAGCAGAGUAGGUGUCUUUUCUUUUCUUUCCAUAGUUGCCGGUGAAGUUGCCCGUCUUUGUCACCUCUAAAUGUACUUUGUGUGUUUCGGCCCUGCAGUACUGUAACAAAUGUAGUGUUUGGAAGCUGUACGUGAGCCGGCGACGGCGCAGGAAACGCUGGCCGUUAACUCGACAGGUGCCACCGUGGAAGUGCCGGGUGAAUUUUUGGGAAUAAAAGUUUUGUUUCCCCAUCCAUCCAUCCAGCGGAGGAGGAGGAGGAGGAGGAGGAGGAGGGAGGACUAAAGUGUAUAAUCCAGCCACAACCAGAGCCUCACAUCUGCAGGAGUCUAAACAAACCCUCACUUUCAUUCAAGCUUUACAGCCGCCGCCUUUUUACAGUAAAAAACAUUAUUUUAAAGGCAGAGGAGGAUUAAUAUAAUAACUCCAAGCCGCUUGUCACCUCUAUAAAACCAUACAAGUUUACUGCACACUAAAUCGCUCACAGACCCGCAUGCAAACCCUCAGUAUUCCUGCCAAAAGUGAAGUUAAAUGCGUUAAACGUGUUUAAAAGCGGCGGCACUGAACGCUCCUUGGUUCCUACACAGGCCUUUUUCACAGAGGACGUUUUGAAGCCACAGCAGGAAGUGCACAGGUAUAAAUGAUGAAUGAUGGUCCAAUGCCAUUUAGCUGCUUCAGGGUCCUGUUAUUGUACAUGCUGGCUCACUGGCACACUGUGAUGACUUACUGGGACACUUGAAUAUAACGCAGCCAUUGUUGAUUUUCCCAGCGACACCCUGUGUUUGUCAGACCUGUAGCUUUACUGAACACUAAAUCAGUCAGACUCAGCUAGUUUCAGUCAGUUUUUUGUUCAAAAUGUGUCACUUUUUAUUCCUAGAAACUUAACUGAAAGUCAGAAAAACAAAGUCUGUGAGAAAAAACGGGUUUAAUGAACCAACUUUACUCUUAAACCUGCGUUUUAAAUGACUUAUUCACUCACCUUUUUUCAGUUAUUCCUGUUAUACUUGCUGAUAAUUUAAUUCAGUAUACUCAAGAUACAGAGAGACAAAGGAAGCAAAGAAAGGCCUUUGAAUGUUAAUUUUAAUAUUUCACUUUGAAAACCGUCUGAAUUUAUGUGAUUAUUUGAAUUUCAAAACGGUAACUUUAUUAUUUUUUUGGUUAUCGGGUUAUUUUUCACAAUUAGUUGCUAAAUAUAAAAAAAAAAAAUUCAAAUUAUUUUGGCCUUUCUGUGCUUCCGUAAAAUAUUUGAUUAAUCUGUUUUCAGCUGUGAGGGUCACUCCUCAUGUUUUCCCCAGCUUAUGAACUAUAAAAAAAAAAGAUAAAUAAUUUAAAACAACUCCAGAUAUUAAUCUGAUAAGCUGUAGUUGCCAGGCAACACCUCCAGCCAAUAAGCAGGGAUUUGGGUGAUGUUUCCCCCAGCAACAAGUGGUAUUUCAGGCGGUAUUAUUUUUUUCCUGUGAACUUGACCUUUGCAGGUGUGAGGCUCUGCAGAGGCGACUGUCCUGAUCACGUUAUCAUGUAAAAUACUGUAAAUACAAAGAGGAUGUACAUAUUCAGCUUUUUAUAAGAAGAAAACAGAGAAAAUAUUGUUCACGGUGGAAAGAGAAGAGGAUGGAGGGAUGAAUUAUGCAUCAAUAAAAGAUGAGUUUUAUAAAG